GUCAACGAGCACUCGCUAGCUUCCAUCCACUCUCCAGCCGAAGACGUCUGUCUCUGCUUCGUUCGCGUCUUUCCUCUCGUCGGGCUGCCUCGCCUCCAUUCAUCAAUUUCCAAAAUGGCAUCCACUUCUUCCUUCCUCCGUUCGCCGGCCUCCUUCCAGCCGGCCACCGGAGCCUGCGGCCACGUCUGCUGGGCCCAGCCGUUGGCACCCCCCAAACCGCACCGCUCGCCACUCCCGCCGACGGCCACGCCCGGGGUGCCGCGCAGGCUCCUCCUGCCGGCCGCCGCUGGCAUCUGGGACUUCCUCUCCGGCGGUGCGGCCGGUGCGGCCGGUGCAGCGGCCGCGCCCCUUGCCGUCCGGCGCGGUAUGGAGCUCUUCAAGCAGGGAGAUGUGGCUGGGUCAGUGGCGGAGUUCGAUCGCGCGAUCGAGUUGGAUCCGCGGCAGAAAGCGUAUCUCUGGCAAAGGGGACUGUCACUGUAUUACCUCGACAGGUUCGAGGACGCCGCGGAGCAGUUCAGGCUGGACGUUGCUGCCAACCCCAAUGACACCGAGGAGUCCAUAUGGUGUUUCCUGUGUGAAGCUCAGCUGUAUGGGGUGGAGGAAGCAAGGAAUCGCUUCUUGGAGGUCGGUUUAGAUCGAAGACCCGUGAUGCGCGAAGCUUACGCCUUGUUCAAAGAUGGUGGGGACCCUGAAAAGUUAGCUUCAAAUUUUUCUAGUAGCUCUGGUGGUGAACUCUUCUAUGCAUCAUUAUACGCUGGGCUUUACUAUGAAUCUCAGAAGGACGCAGAUCUGGCGAAAUCUCAUAUUGUUGCUGCAUGCAAGACACCUUAUGGAUCAAGGUCUGGUGAUUACAUGGCUUCCCUUGCAGUGGUUCAUUGUCAGUGCCGCAACUGGACCCUCGAGGAAUAGGAAUCUUGAAAUAGGAAUGAUACUAAUCAUUGUCAUGGAUUGCAUUGGAGCCAACAAAUAGGCAGCACCUUACAGAGAAGGCAGCCGGCGCUAAGGCUAUAGAUAUCAAAACAGAACAAAAAAAAGUAGCAACUGGAGCCUAAAUUAUUGGUCAAUUUUGUUUAUGGUUAUCUAUAUGGUAUGAGAAUUACUAAAACAUUUUAAAUUCGGUUCAUUUGUUAAAUUCUGAGGAAAUCAAUGGUUAACCGAACUAGCUGAACAUAAGAUGAUUUUUCUCAA